AUGCCAUCACUUGUAAAACGCAAGGACAUUGCGCGGCUCAGUGCUACAGAGCUGGACAAGUUGGUCUAUGCCUUCUACAAGCUCCAGGUAGCGGACCCAGGUCAUCCUGGAGCCCUGAAUGAGGAUUCCUUCUAUGUCAUCGCGGGUUACCACGGCCAGCCUUUCCGCGGGGGCGGAUACAGCAAGGAAGAAUGGUGGGGAGGUUACUGCCAUCACGGAAAUGUCCUCUUCCCUACCUGGCACCGGGCCUAUUUACGCCGUCUUGAAGAGGCCCUUAUCAACGUGUCCGGUUUUGACGACGUAGCCGUCCCGUACUGGAACGAAUUCGACGACACACAGGGUGUCCCCGAAUUAUUCACGCGCAAAACCUAUACCUUCCAGGCUGGUUUCAACCCCAAAUAUGGCUUCAAUAGUGGGGACAUAACCACCAAGGAUGGUGUAAUCACCCUUCAACAUAAUCCACUAUUUUCGUACAAGUUACAGCAGGGCUUCUUCGAUAAUUUAAAACGACUCGUUACUAACAAGGACAAGUCAGAGACCAAGGUCGUUGAUUACAGCAAGGGACAAGACUACGAGACAGUGCGUUGCCCAUACUCAGGUCUAGUGGGGACACCACAGGAUAAGAAAGAAACCAAGGAACACAAUAGCCAUAUCAAGGAGGCCGAAGCACCCGCAAAACUUAAUGAGAAUGUGAAGGCAUGGCUAGCUAAUGAAAGUGAUGACCACGUCCCUGGAAUGAGUGCUCUGUACUUGUGGGCAGUCUACACGCCGAAUUACACUGUGUUUUCCAAUACGACCUCUGCCGCGAAGUGGAAUGACGACAAUUACCACCGAGAGGCGAAUUGGAACAACAAAUUCGCUGUCUCCCUGGAAAAGCCACACAAUGGGGUUCAUCUAGCGGUUGGUGGAUAUAGCCUGCCCGAUAGGGAUUCUACUCGGCCAAACUAUGCCGGAUCGAAUGGCGACAUGGGGGAGAAUGACACGGCAUCUUUUGAUCCAAUUUUCUUCUUCCAUCACUGCUUCAUCGAUCUAGUCUUCUGGAUGUGGCAGGUCACGAAUGGCGCGGAGGAGGAACUGGAAAUAUUUGAGGGUUAUCCAGGGACUAGUCCUAUCGAUAACCAAGGUCCUACAGCCUUCAUGCCAGCGGACUCUCACCUGAACAUGAAAACUCCCCUAGUGCCGUUCAAGGUCAACCACGACAAAUACCUCACAUCAGAGGACGUCGUGAACAUCAAACACCUCGGCUAUGAUUACGAAUUGCAUCCUGUUCCCGUGAGCGGUAAGGAUGAACUUACACUGUCCAAUUUAAAAGAGAAAGCAGCCGAAUUCAAUACCGCAGCAGACAAAGAGGCCUCGGCACUGCCUAUCGUGCGCUUUUCUGGGAUCAGCCGCGCACAACGGCCAGGGUCUUUCGUCGUCUGCACGGUCACCGAUGCCGGAAAUGGGGAAGAGGUCGUGGGUGUCGAGCCAGUAUUUAGCCGAUGGCAUGUGCCUAGCUGUGCCAACUGCAGUAACACGCUCGAGGUAACUGGACACCACGUCCUUCCUAGGGAUCUAAUGGUAAAGAGUAGGAAAAACGCAAAGCUCGGCGAUCUCCCCCCUAAAGAGAGGCACGAAGUUGCAACGGAUUUAGCCCCAAAAAUGAAACUGAAGAUAUUGGAAAACCCACGCGCUGAUUUGCUGGAACGUGGCCGUGGCCAAGACAAGAGGCAGUUGAAUGACCUUAACCCCGAAGAAGAGCCGAAGAGAAGGAAAAAAGAAAGAAUUUCAAUAGAUCCAGAUCCACAGAUUGAUGUGCUGAAAGGAAUGUGGACUGUUGGUAACCGAGUCCUACCCCUAGUCCAUUAA